AUGCAGCACUACGGGGUGAACGGCUACUCUCUGCACGCCAUGAACUCCCUCAGCGCCAUGUACAACCUGCACCAGCAGGCAGCGCAACAGGCACAGCACGCGCCCGACUACCGGCCGUCUGUGCACGCGCUUACACUGGCCGAGAGACUAGCUGACAUCAUCCUGGAGGCUCGCUACGGCUCUCAGCACCGCAAACAGCGCCGGAGCCGCACGGCCUUCACAGCGCAGCAACUGGAAGCGCUGGAGAAGACUUUCCAGAAGACCCACUAUCCAGAUGUGGUGAUGAGGGAGCGGCUGGCCAUGUGUACCAAUCUGCCCGAGGCCCGAGUGCAGGUUUGGUUUAAGAACCGCAGAGCCAAGUUCCGCAAGAAGCAACGGAGCCUCCAGAAGGAGCAGCUUCAAAAGCAGAAGGAGGCGUCAGGCGAAGGAGGAAGUGAGAAGGAGGACGCACCUCCCUCCACCACCAUCCUUCCUGACACCCAGCUGCCUCCUUCAUCCUCCUCCUCCUCUUCAUCCUCUCUGGAGACAGAAGGUCCUGUGGUCCGUCCUGUACCGCUGGACAUGGAGCUGAACGUCACGUCGGCAGAACAUUCAGGCAGCGAGUCGGCGACGGAGGAUAAUGAUAACACAGAUAAGGAGGAUGAGAGUAAAUCUCAAAGAGAGGAGAUAAAGUGUGAGAGAGCAGUGACACCUGGGGACGUGUCCCCCUGCAAAAGACUCAGCCCUAAACCAGACUCUCCCCUGGUCUCUCCAUCCGUGACCCCCUCCUCCUCCAGCAGUGGCCUGGCCAGCAGCGGGCCUCUCUCUCAGAGCCACUCUUACUCUUCCUCUCCUCUCAGCCUGUUUCGUCUGCAGGAGCAGUUCCGCCAGCACAUGGCUGCCACCAACAACCUGGUGCACUACCCUGCUUUUGACCUCGCGGCCCCGUCUUCACUCCCCUACCUGGGAAUGAAUGUUAACAUGCCCCCUGCGCCGCUUGGCUCUCUGCCCUGUCAGUCCUACUACCAGUCCCUGUCCCACCAUGCCCAGCAGGUGUGGAACAGCCCGCUGCUUCAGGCAUCGGCUGCCGGCAGCCUCACCAGCCACAACAGCAAGACCACAAGCAUCGAAAACCUGCGUCUGAGGGCCAAACAACACGCUGCCUCACUGGGACUGGACACAAUGUCUAACUGAGAAUCAGAUUGUAUGGAGGACAAUGUAAACUAGGCCACAGCCUCGGCCUACAAAUCAUCCCAUCCAACUGCGUGUCUAUGUGACUGUGAUAGGUCUUUAGGAGCUGUAUACUGACCCCUACUUGAGCAGAUGGGCACACGACAUGCAGAGAUGUCCAAAAAUAAAACAUGCCAACAUGCACUGGACCUACAGAACUCCAUUCAACAGCUUUUAAAGACAAACCACACUUCCACGGCUUGUUUGACUCCUGUUAGCUUCUGUUGCAGCUCAAGGUCCAAAAGAACAUCCUUGGGAAAACAAAACCCAUAAGAUACUCAACAUUGCUAGAAAAAGAUGCAGCGGAUCAAGUGAAUGUCCCAACUCAAAGGACAACAAAUGUAUUCCAGACUCAUGAUGACGUUUCC